CCCCUCAGGUUCAGAGUUGGACUUCUGCCUCUUGUUAAUUCCUUUUCUCCCUUUGGUUCACAGCCCCACAGCCCUGUUUUCACAGAGCUUCACUACCAGAGCACUAUGAAUCUUAACGACCUCAAACUCAGGCUGUCCAGAGCUGGGCAAGAACACCUGCUGCAGUUCUGGAAUGAGCUGGAAGAAACCCAGCAGGUAGAACUUUAUACGGAGCUGCAGGCCAUGAACUUUGAAGAGCUGAAUUCAUUUUUCCAGAAGGCCAUGGGAGGAUUUGAUCAGUCAUCUCACCAAGAAAAGGUGGAUGCACGAAUGGAGCCUGUGCCUCGAGAGGUUUUGGGCAGCUCUACGAGAGAUCAAGACCAGCUGCAGGCCUGGGAAAGUGAAGGACUAUCCCAGAUUGCUCAGAACAAAGUGGCAGUUCUUCUUCUAGCUGGUGGGCAGGGGACACGACUUGGAGUCUCAUAUCCCAAGGGCAUGUAUGACGUUGGCUUGCCUUCUCACAAGACGCUGUUUCAGAUUCAAGCAGAACGCAUUCUGAAGCUUCAGCUGUUAGCUGAAAAACACUAUGGCAGCAAGUGCAUCAUCCCAUGGUAUAUAAUGACCAGCGGUAGGACAAUGGAGUCGACGAAGGAGUUCUUCACAAAGCACAAAUACUUUGGUUUAAAAAAGGAGAACGUGGUCUUUUUUCAGCAGGGAAUGCUGCCCGCUAUGAGUUUUGAUGGGAAAAUUAUCUUGGAAGAGAAAAACAAAGUCUCUAUGGCUCCAGAUGGGAAUGGCGGCCUCUACCGGGCUCUUGCAGCCCAGAACAUUGUGGAGGACAUGGAAUACAGAGGCAUCUGGAGUAUCCAUGUCUAUUGUGUGGACAACAUCCUGGUAAAAGUGGCAGACCCCCGCUUCAUUGGCUUCUGCAUUAAGAAGGGAGCAGAUUGUGGGGCAAAGGUGGUAGAGAAAACGAAUCCCACGGAACCAGUUGGAGUGGUUUGCCGGGUGGACGGAGUGUACCAGGUGGUAGAAUACAGUGAGAUUUCUCUGGCAACGGCUCAGAAGCGAAGCUUGGAUGGACGGCUGCUGUUCAACGCUGGGAACAUUGCCAAUCAUUUCUUCACUGUACCAUUCCUGAGAGAUGUUGUCAAUGUUUAUGAACCUCAGUUGCAGCACCAUGUGGCUCAAAAGAAGAUUCCAUAUGUGGAUUCCCAGGGGCACUUAAUUAAGCCGGACAAGCCAAAUGGAAUAAAGAUGGAAAAAUUUGUCUUUGACAUCUUCCAGUUUGCAAAGAAGUUUGUGGUGUAUGAAGUGUUGCGAGAAGAUGAGUUCUCCCCGCUCAAGAACGCAGACAGUCAGAAUGGAAAGGACAACCCGACCACUGCCAGGCAAGCUUUGAUGUCCCUCCAUCACUGCUGGGUCCUCAAUGCUGGGGGACACUUCAUAGACGAAAAUGGCUCUCGCCUCCCAGCCAUCCCCCGUGCUACAAAUGGAAAGUCAGAGACCAUCACAGCUGAUGUCAAUCACAACUUGAAAGAUGCCAACGAUGUACCAAUCCAGUGUGAAAUCUCUCCCCUCAUCUCCUAUGCUGGAGAAGGGCUAGAAGGCUACGUGGCAGAUAAAGAGUUCCAUGCACCUUUAAUCAUCGAUGAGAAUGGAGUCCAUGAGCUGGUGAAAAAUGGCGUAUGAGUUCUAACAUGCGCUCAGCCAUAUAGGGAGCCUUUGCUUCUGAUAGACCAACUGUGAACAUGCGGGGCCUCCUGGAAGGCUGAAGUGUGGAUAUCAAUAGAGUUCCAUUUUGCUUGCUGGUAUCUGAUAAACAACAGACUUCCC